AUGACUGGCGGGUUCAGAAGUUUAUCUUUCGCCAACUAUGGUCCAGUUUGGAGACUGCAGAGACAGAUGACUUUGAAGGCUCUCAGGACCUACUUGGCGGGUGAUAAAUUGGAAACAUACACGAGGUCUGCUUUUGAGGAAGUCGCAAACCUGAUUGAAAAGGAGGCCGAUCCGUUUGAAUUAGACGUUUACAUCCGGUUACUUGUCUUCAACAUCGUCUGCAGGAUGGCGUUUGGGAAAAGCUACACAAUUGACGAUAAGGAAUUUAUCUGGUUAAAGGACAAAAUUGACGAAAUUAAUGGAAAGCUAUUGGCAGGACCCAUUCCCUCUGACGUCAUCCCUGCCUUGAAACAUUUUCCUAUCCCAUCAUCUGUCAUGGCAAAACAAAUUACGAAGGAAGUGGGUGCCUUCCUCAAAGUUAACCUCGAAGAACACAAGGCAACUUUAAACACAGGUGACGCAAGAGACAUAAUGGACCAAUUUUUGCUACUGAAGGAGGAGCUGACACCUGAAAGCGAUGACAACGCCAAGGAGGCGCUUUCUGACACUAGAAUCAUGCUCACCUUAUUGGACAUAAAUAUUGGGAGAAAGAAUGAGGAACACCACGGGUAA